AUUACGGCAUCAUCAGCCCUUGCAGUCUAUAAUUGGAUCCACAUUUCUCCGGAGGCGCUGAUGAGGUUACAUCUGUUGUAGGUUGUAACUGCUACAAGGUACAGCAUGAUUUCGGUAGGGUUAACUCCUAACGGUUGAUCAACACUUAAAGUGCCUCAUUACCCCCAGUCAUCGGUCAGCAAUCGAUGCAUGAAAAGUGAACAUUUGAUAGUCGAUAUCAAUUGGAUGCUCCAUUUGCAACCCCAACUUGGUGCCAGACUUUUCAAUAUUAUCUUUACCUUUUCUCGUUGACAAACAUAACGAAGGGCUGCUUGUUCCUUCGGAUUUUUCCACCGAAACCAUGGAGUUCUCCUUGAAUUUUGUUGCCCUUGCAUCGGGACUUCUUGGAGUCUCGUCUCAUCUGGCUUGGUUCAUUCAUGGUGACCAUAUCCUACAUGCUCCAUCAUAUGUCGUUUCUACCGCAUGUGGACCUCCUCUUAUCAUCGUCGCCCUUGUUCAGUACUUUGAGUUCACUUUGUCUGCGGCCAUCGUGACCCUGGCUGUCAGCUAUGGCUCCUUUUUCGCUGCGUUGUUCACCAGUAUCGGCAUCUAUCGACUGUUUUUCCACCCUCUUCGGAACUUUCCUGGUCCAGUCGCGUCCAGAGUAUCGCAAUUCGUCCCUAUAUUGUGGGCUGCUAAGAAGCUUGACCACUUUCGACAGCGUGACCGCCUGCACGCUAAGCACGGAGAAUAUGUUCGCAUCGGCCCUAAUCUCCUCUCCAUCUCCGAUCCCGAUAUGGUAAUGCCAGUGCACGGCGCCCAGUCAACCUUCGAGAAAGCAGAGUGGUAUGACGGUGGCAAGCCGAUGACGAGUAUCCAUCAGAUGCGGGAUAAACGCCUCCAUGACCAACGACGACGCCAUGGAUGGGACAAGGCUUUCACAACGAAGUCCCUACGAGGAUACGACUCCAGGAUCAUUCAUUAUGCGGAUCAACUGGUGGACCAAAUUGCAGAAAGAUCUGGACAGGUCGUCAACGCUUCGAAGUGGUUAGGCUACUUUGCUUUUGAUUUUAUGGGCGAUCUGGCAUUCGGGCGGUCCUUCAAUGCGCUCGCAACGGGGAAGUCGCAUUUCUACAUUGAUAUGGUGCGCGAUUCCCCACGAAUUCUGGGGGUAACUGGUGCAGCAGGGUGGAUUGUCCAUGUCAUAAUCAAGUUGAUACCAAAGUCCAUGAACCCACAGGGACGUUUACUCCUGUACAGUGAUAAAUGUGUUGAGGAAAGAAAGAAAUACGAACCCAAGGAACCCGACGUUAUGUCUCAUAUCUUCGAGGCCGGCAAUUUCUUCGACGACCCAAAUCUAGAAAGAGACCUUUUGAUGGGCGAUUCCCGGUUACUAAUCGUUGCCGGCAGCGACACCACUUCCGCGACGUUUACGCACUGCUUCUACCACCUCUCGCGAGAUCCAACACUGGUGGCAAAGUUGCGUGCAGAACUCAACGAGCACAAGGUCGAGAACAAUGACUCGUUGAAUAUCACGGCGCUUCAAUAUCUCCCAUAUCUCAAUGGCGUGAUUAACGAGACUCUCCGUCUACAUCCCCCUGUUUCAGGUGGCCUCUACCGUCAAACUGGUGCUGAAGGGGCAACGAUCAACGGACAGCAGCUUCCCGCUGGUGUGAAUGUUAUCAUACCUAUCUAUUCCGUCCAUCGCUCACCACGCGCCUAUGUCAAUCCCAACGAAUUUAUCCCAGAGCGUUGGAGCACACAGCCUGAGCUUGUCCUCAAGAAAGAUGCCUUCUUGCCCUUCUCGAAUGGGAAGUUCGGUUGCAUUGGCAAGCAGCUGGCUCUGAACGAGCUGAGAACAGUCAUCUCGAAGUUGGUGCUCGAGUUCGAUGUUACAUUUGCGGAUGGUGAAGAUGGAUCCACGCUUCUAAACGAUAGCGAGGAUGUUUUCACAACCAAUUGUGCGGAACUGAAGCUAGUCUGGACCAAAAGGGAGAAGUGAUUCUCUUAGUAUACUACCUAUGUCAUCUCUACUCUUGAAUCAUCAGGAGGCAGAGAUACACGUACGCCCAGAGUUUACACUCGCUAUUUUUGACAGCAGUUCCUCCUAAUCUUCCGUGAGAGCACUUGCCCAGAGGCCUCUCCCUCUGCCUCUGCAACAUCGUGCUGUGGCUUUUCGCAGUGCUUAUCAUGCCAAGACCUGAAAGCUCAAGCACGCAUGUCCGUUAAAACAUUUUUCUUUGCAACUGUCGUCCUUGUCGCAAGCUAUGGAGAGAUGGAUUCACCUUUUGAGUGCAAUGCCUGUCAUCAUUGUUGUUCUCCUUUUAUGCCUGAGGCCUUGUUUCGAUAUCGCGCAUAAUGAAUUGAUGUUUUGACGAACAAUCACCACAACUCGGAUCAAGAUCCGUAUAGUGGUGAUACACUUCUGAUACCUGAAAUAUUACUAAAUAAGCUAGUGUGCAAUAAAUAUGAUUGAGAAAGAGAUCAAUGAAACGUUUUGG